CGGGGAGAGAGUGCCACCAAUUGGCGGCUAUCAGUGGCCGGCGGACCAAACGCCCGGUGUUAUGGGUCUGAAGAACCAUGGCAAUACAUGCUUCAUGAACGCGGUGCUGCAAUGCCUCAGCCACACGGACAUACUGGCUGAGUACUUUGUCCUAGACCAGUAUAAGGCUGACCUCAAGCGACGCAACAAGAUCAACUCGCGCAAGUUUGGCACCAAGGGUGAGCUCACCGAGCAGCUGGCCAACGUGCUAAAGGCUCUGUGGACCUGCAAGAACGAGAGUGAUCAUAGCACCAGCUUCAAGGCCGUGGUGGAUCGAUAUGGCACACAGUUCCGCAGUUCCACGCAGCACGAUGCCCAGGAGUUCCUCUUCUGGCUGCUGGAUAAGGUGCACGAGGACCUCAACACGGCCAGCAAGCGGCGCUACAAAAGCCUCAAGAACUCGUACGGGCGCUCGGAUGAGGUAAUCGCCGCCGAAACGCUGGCCAAUCACAUUCGGUGCAACAACAGCUUCGUCCAGGCCGUGUUCCAGGCCCAGUUCCGCUCCUCGCUCACCUGCCCGCGCUGCGAGAAGCAGUCCAACACGUUCGAUCCCUUCCACUGUAUCUCCGUGCAGCUGCCGCAGCUCACGCAGCAAACGAUCUUUGUCACGGUGGUCUACAUGAAGCAAGUACCGCGCCAGGUGCGGAUGGGCCUGCGAGUUCCAGCUGGAUCACCGAUUGUGGCCCUGCGAGAGCAGUUGCAAACGGACACAGGCAUCGAUGGAGCCCGCAUGGUGCUGGUGGAUCUGAACGCCGAGGGAUUUACGCGCGUCUUCUACGACACACAACCGGUGGAGACACUGGCCAGCAUCGAGACCAUCUACUGCAUCGAGGUGCCGGAGCCAACGCCGGUUCCCAAGUCCUCAACUCCGACCGAGACGUCAGAUAAGCCAGCUCCCGCAGCGACAGUUGCUCCUGCUCCAGCCUCAGCUCAAUCACAGGCGGACCUACUACUCCUAGUGGCCAACGUAUAUCGAGCGAAGGACGGCAAGGAUAUCACGAGGUUUGGAGCUCCGUUCAGCAUGAAGGCGCCGCGUGAUUGCUCCUACCAGGACCUGCAGAAGCGGAUGCUACGCGAAAUGGCGCCGCUGCUUAAGCCUGAAGUCUUCUCCUAUGCUACGCCGCUAGCUGAGAUGUUUAGGAUACGGCUGCAGGACCCGUCCGCCGAUCCGGACACCUAUCUGGAGCAAGUGGAGCAUCCGCUGCUCACCGAAAUGAUCGACAUGGCGUUGUCCGUGCUCUCCUCGGAGGCUGGACCGCAACACAUUAAGCUGCUGCUGGAGUGGAGCUCACCUGAGGAGCAUUUUCUCAGUAAACAUCAGGAUGUUGAGGAGGCCGUUGUGGAGCACGAGAGCGUGGCCAGGCUGAGUGCCAGCAAACCCAGUGACACCGCCUCGCUGACCCUAGAACAGUGCCUGGAGCACUACACAAAAGCGGAGACGCUAAGCGCCGAGGACGCCUGGCGUUGCCCGCAUUGCCAGCAGUACUUGCCCGUGGUAAAGACGUUGGGGCUGUGGUCGCUUCCGGAUAUUCUGGUGGUGCACUUCAAGCGGUUCCGACAGCACCAGGCCAAAGGUCCCCAGGCGGCCAAGCUGACCACCAUGGUCAAGUUUCCGCUUACCGCCUUCGAUAUGUCUCCGCAUUUGGCUCGCGGCGUCCAUGAAAGCGCCAGCAGUUCGCUUGGAAUCGGAGCGGGACUGGGCCUUGGCUUGGGCUCGAAUCCCUGGAAGCGUGGCCGCUCUGGCGACUCGCGUUCCUCUACACUGAACUCACGCUGCGAUCCAAAGGACACGCGCUACGAUCUGUACGCCGUGUGCUAUCAUCAGGGGGAUACCCUGGAGACUGGCCACUACACGGCCGCCUGCAAGAAUCCUUACGACCGCCAGUGGUACAAGUUCGACGACACGCGGGUGAGCAAGGUGCCUGAAGACGCUAUCGAGCAGGACAUCAUCAACAAUGAGGCCUACAUGCUCUUCUAUCAGCGUCGCAGUGUGGACGCCGGCGAGUGCUCCGGCUCCAGCUCGAAUUCGGGUGAUCACUGGGUGUCGCGUAUAGCACCAGCGUCCUCGUCUUCGGCCUCCUCCACUUCUGGCAAGGAAAAGGAGCUGGUGAAGUUGGAGGGUUCCAGUGAGGCCACCGAAACGCCAGCAGCAGCGGUGGCUGAAAAGGCUCAAUCCAAGCCGGUUGAUAUACCUAAAAUCUGCAAGGAAAAUGAUGAAGAACCCACGACUGUUGCUGUCCAGGAGAAGCCCUUAGAAGUAACACAUGAGCUCAACAUUGAAGAAAUCGCCUUUGCCGAUGCCGAUGUGGAUACCAGCAUAAGUGAGACCAGCAAGACCGAGCCAGUCCCAGUAGCAGCAGCAGCAGCAAAAGAUGAACUCAAAGCGAUGGCCGUAGAAGAAGUCACUCCCAUAUUUGCCAUGGACGAAGAUUGUGCGGAUUUGGUGGAGGAGGAGGAGAAGAAGAAGGAGGAACCCGAACCGAAAGAGGCCAUGAUAUCCGAAGCCCCCGCAGAUAGCGAACUAACCGCCGAGGCCAAGACCAAUGGCCAUGUGAGCUCCUCCUCGAGCUCUUCCUCCUCCCAGAGCUCGCUCUCAUCGCGCUCUUCGCCGAGAUCGCUGAGCACCUCGGUGACGGCAGCCUCAACGCUGCAAAAUAAGUUCAACGGUCACAUGAGCACGCCCUCGGCCAUGUUCAAUGGCAACGGUAAUACGCCACAGCUCUCCUCCAGCCUGCAGUUGUCACGGCAGGUGUUGCAGAAUCACAACUGGCAGGGAUCCAGGAGCAGCGUAUCAGCGGUGGAGAAUGCCACACACCACCAGCAGCAGCUAAGCCUGCGACAUUCCUUCUCCACAAGCUCCAACUACACGGAGACGCUGUCGUCGCUGCUACGCAAGACGGCAAACACGUGCAGCAAGGACACACUGCUGUUGAUCGAUCAGCAGGGUCACCGUCAUCCGGCGGGACUCAUCGAAGAUGAUGAUGAUUCAUACAUGGGCAGGUCCCUAUGGAUCUCCCCGGUGACGCCACACAAACUCAUCACCGUUUCACCCAAGAAUUAGAUGCGAUAUUAUGAUCCAGGGAACGGAGCAUAGACAAAAAAACGAUACCGAAACCGAAACAGAACAUACACAAACGCACUAUAUAGCUAUAAGCCUAAAGUUUACUUUAUAUGAUAUUUCGCGACCGGAGCGAUAAGCAUUGCGAAGGAGAAGAUGUUAUACAACUCUGUUUACUUUUAAGAUAUGUACUCAUAUAUACGAUAGUUGCAAUAUUGCAUUAAGUUUGAAAAGUUGAGAGGAAACUUGAGUAGUAAGGCAGGAGGAGCCCGCCCGUUACCGUAGCCGUAAGCCCUAAGAUUAUUUAUUCGACGAGGAUGCGUUUUCUUGAUUUCUCUUAACGAAUACAUGGACACAUUGCUUUUAAUUGAUAUUUAUUGAGCCAAAACAGUGAAGAUGAAGUACAAUUUUAUUUGAUUUAGAUCCCCCUGUUCCACCCGGUUCUACCCCCUCUUGUAUAGUUCUCAAAAACCAUUUCUGACGUAACGAUGAAGUGCUUGGCAUACCUAAGUUUAGUUUUUUUUGUACACGAAACCAAGUUUCAGACUACAAUAUAUGCGAAUAGUUAUAGACCUAGAACCUAGAACCUAUGUAUAUUCUUUUUAAUUACUUGAUUUCUUUAUAUAUAUAUAUUUAAUCUAUUUACUAAAAUCGUGUAACUUUUCCACAACCACAUAUGUAUACAAUUCUGGCACAACUGCAGAUGAAAUCUUCUUUCAAUUCGAGGUCUGGCUGCGUUUUGGGGGGGCGUUUAUAAUGCGGAUCUAUAUAUACAAACAAAAAGAUAUAUACACAUGAAUAUAUAUAUAAAUAUUACUUUAUGAAUAAUGUAUUCUACAUGUAGAAGAAAGCAUUACACCAAAACACAUUAUAUUGAUAAAGACUCUACGACAUUGUUUUCUGCAGAGAGAAGGAACUUUAUUACGAUAUAAAAUGUUCACAGUGUAUUCGUAAAUAAACGUGAAGUUGUUGGAUAUGAAAACUGAUUU